AUGGAGAAAUCGAAUAGACAAAUAAACGCUUGCUAUUAUGCCCACGUAUAUCGAAUAAGUACAUUCCUGACCGAUUGUUCCGUACGGUCUCCAGUUACUCAGCUUAUAUCGAAACACGAUUUUUCCAUAUCAAUUGCGUCAGCUGCUACUUUACUUCAGGUGCAGUCACCAUCGAACAACGUUCGCUAUCAUGUUCCUAUCACUAUGGAAAUGAAAUGUGUCGUGUUUAUGUACUUUAUACUAUUUCCUCUGUUGCUAUUGACCACAGAGGUUUAUCUUCAUGGUUUUAAAGGCGAAGUAACUACAGAUGAUACCAAUCUCGGAGGAUGCGCGUAUUUACAUUGCGGCGGGGAUGACGUCUGCGUACAUCGAAAAUUUCGAUGUAAAGACCCUCCGUGUCCCAGUAUGCUAUACUGCGCGAGAUCUCGAACAGAAUCUCUAAGAGGACCCUCCACCUGCGAUACUGUGCACUGCACCAAUGGUUACGUGUGCAUGUUGAAAGUUCGUCGUUGUCACUGGGACGAAAAGUGCGAGCAACAGAUAGCAAGAUGCGUAACCCAAAAAGAAUACUACGAAGGCCCCGCUUCUUGCGCCGGGUUCAAAUGUCCUCAAGGAAACCACUGCAUUCUCCGGGAAUCGUUCUGUGCGAAUCCUCCUUGUAAAUUAAUAAAAAGCUGCAUGAAGAACAAAGAAGUGCAGCAUUUAUUCGUAAGGUGUCGAAAUCUCGGUUGUUCAUCAGAAUACGAAUGUUUCUUACGAAGACCAGAGGGUAACUGUUCGAUUCCACUUUGUAAACACACACCGGAUUGCAUAAUGCCAAAAGAGAACGAAAUGGCAAAUGAACGUUGUCGUGGAUGGAUAUGCCCACAAAGGCAGACCUGUUCCGCAGAAAUUGUAGGAUCUUGCGAGACAGACGACUGUAAUAUUAAAAGAACUUGCCAUGAGGUACAUGUGCCAGAAGCGAAUGAUUCUGCUUCAUCUUUCUCAAGAAGAUCUCUGAAGAACGAGGACGGAGACCCUCGGAAUGAUAGCGAGAUACUAACAAAAUCGGAUCAAGAAAAUGGAGUUGAAAGAAGAGGAAUCCCUGUCUCAUGGUUAAAUCAUCUAAAAUCGAAAACUGAAUUGGACGCGAUAGAACUGUGGAGAGAAAGUGUCGAAGAACAGGAAGAUUUCAAGCAAUUUCAAGAUUGGCUUCAAUCUAUCAAGGAAAUACUCGGUUCUGGUGCGUACGGUGACUGGCUAGAGGAAAUUCUGUCGUCGCGUGGCAAAGAGUUGCGAAAAUGGCUCCAAGCAUCACACGGCAAUCUGGAUGCCAUGGGACCGAUACUUCCGGGACAAGAACGACCUACUACAUUGACAGAAAAUCUAUACUCAGUUCGCGGUACGAUGAAUAUGUUGCCAUUUGACGAUAAAAAAGGGAUAGAGGAAAUUGAGUCUUUUCUGAGAGAAAGAAAUUUGACGCAUAUUUUAGAGAAGAUUCUUGUACCAAGCAGAAUCCUGUUACCGCCGUACGCAGCUUUAGAAGCUGCUCUGCUGAAUAAUGUAAGGGAAUCUAGCCCUUCGCCAUUUUUCAAUUAUCUUCUGAAAUAUGCCCCUUACGUGGGAAAUCAAUUUUUAUCGUCGCGGCCACAGAAAAUCGAAAAUGCUUACGAUCAACAGUAUCUUGUGGUUCCUGUGAAAAAUAUGAAGGAAUUAACCAAUUCUCCGAUUAUCGAUUAUAAUCCCACUAUACGACAUCAUCACGGAACGAUUUCAGAAAAUGGAAAAGUAUCUGAUGUACGGGACAAUUUUUCCUCUUUUAAUGUUCCAGAGAAACAGAUGAAUUUAUCAUCAACCAGAGACGAGCUAUCGUCUUUGUGGACUGGACUGUACAAAAAUUUUGAAAAGACUUCACCUAAAGAAGAAACGCACUCUGUUGAAGAUUCUAUUGGUCUUUCGGAAGACAAAAGGUUGAUGGUCAAGGCGCAACACUUUGAUGACAUUCCUGUUGAUUUGUUGGAGAAGUUUCUUAAGUUUCUUAACUCUAUGCAGUUCUCCCCGAUUGAAAAUGUGUCACAGACUUUUGAUGAAAAACCUAUCGAAGAAUAUCGCAAAGAAAAUUUACCUAAAGCUCCACGAAAUGAAAAACACGAUGGAGACUUCGAAUGGAGUUCGAUAAUUCAUAGUCAAAAUAAUGAGGAUACAUUUAGGAAUAAAAAUGCUGAAGAGAAUGCAAAUCAAUUUUCUUUCCCUAAUGAUGACUAUGGAAAUUUCACAGACAUGAUCGAACCAGGUGUUAAGACGUUCUUUAAUAAAUUAGAUAACAUUCAACCUUUCAGUUAUUCAGAUCAGUCGAACGAUGUCCAAUCACAGUUAUCAUUCCCACAAAUCGACAAUACAAACAACGAAGAAAUGAAUUUAAAUCUUUUCCUUGAACUGAAUAGAGAAAGCCUCUUACCUUACGUACAAACCCUGAUGGAAAUGAUGAAUGAGGAGAAUGAUACUUUCGAUACAGAAGAAACAGAAUUGAAUUUCGAUGAAAGUUCACUAAACACGUCUUUCUUAAAUAGUGAACAAGUUAUUGUUAAUGAAACUAACAAAUACUAUAACGAAUCAAAAUCUUCGGGGAUUGAAUCAAGCAACAUUUUUCUGAAAAAUGUUCUAAAUAAUGUGAAUGAUGUGCAUAAUUCACGUAUCUUAGAAGAAGAAACAUAUGACCAGAUUUUGCCUACGAAUCAAACAGAAACAGCUUCAUCGAAUUUAAAACCAGAAAAAAAAUCGAGGACACCUGAGCUAAUUUAUGCAAACGAGGAACCUACUAUUCGGUCCUUUUAUAAUCUGCCUAGUUACGGUGCUGGAAACGGUGACAUUGGUCUUCAGGAUUACACGUACGUCGAAUAUGGUCGUACGAAACUAGUAAUGGGAAAUCCACUAAAUAACGUCACAGUCAAUAUGACGGUAUUAUAUGUAUAACGUAGUCCAACAUUUGUUUUUAAGAAAUUAAGUUGUAAAGUUCAACAGUGAUUUUUUAAUUUCCUAUUUAUAGAAGAUUACGAACAGAAAAUCACUGAGAGAACGAACAAAUCUAUACAAGGUAAUAAUUUUGUAUAAAUUUUGCAACACACAGAUACACUUUUAUAUAAACAUUUUAUUAUCAGAUGGUGGAUUUUUGGGGAAUUUAGGGAUAUUAAAACGCACAGAAUACAAAAGUAUACAAAAUAUUCAAAGUACAAUAUACUUUAUAAUAUUUAGUGAAUAAAACAAAUAUUUUCUGAGGUUCUGUUUUUUUUUUUCGUAUUAUUCGUAAAAAUAUAAAUUUCUAUAAACAUACGCAUCUAAUAGUAUUUAAUAGUUACUAUAAUGAUACAAUAUGAUAUACAUGUAAUAUAAUUAUGACAGUAGUAAAUCUACUAAAUGAUAUAUCAUUAUAAUAAAUAUCAUCGAAUGGCUAAUCUCCUUGAAAGUGCGAGCCGAAAUAAAGCACGAAAGAACGGCAAGGAACGUAAACUGAAGAAUAUAUAUUUCCGUUCAGUCAUUAAUAUGCUGUCAUUAAAUUUCCCGUCUUACAUAUCCGCGAACACGGCAAUUACUUUCUUUUAAAACGCUGUCAUUACAUUCUAAUAAAAACACAACGAACGAAAGAUAUUUAAUAAAUUUGUGUGAAAUGUACAUUAUUAUAUAAUUAUAAUAUAACAAUGUUAAACCCUUGUUCUUUGAUUCGGUAAAUUGAAACUGUUCAUAAAUGCCAAAUGGAACCAAGUAAAUUGCGAUUUUGUACGUACCAACACGUAAUUGUCAAUUAAAAGUUAGUCCCGUUACGUAAUUGGAAUUUCAAUUAAUUAAAGCUUUGGAUGUAUACAUUUUAACUGACGCAGUGUGAUUGAACGAAACGUAAUAAACGUUGCGAUCUUUGUAGAAAUUCGACAAGUACGUUUAAAAAGAUAAAAAAAAAAAUGUAAGGUACUUUUUAAAAAUGUUAAAAUAUUAUAUUUAUCUAAUAAAGAUUAAUCGAUACGGUUUAUUGCGAAACGAUAUUUCGCGCGUAUCUUUCGAAAGUAGCGCAACUCAAACGAGUCUUUCGAAAAACCAAAAGAAAACUAUUUGGUAGCUUACAAGAUAAUUAUUUAUAUAAUAAUCAAGAAUUAUUUUUGUAAUUCUUUGAAAUCCUGCUUCGACAGUUUCGUCGUUCUUGUAAUACAGGACUGAAUUAUUUUAAACUGUGAACCUUUUGAAAUACCUGCCAUACCACCCAAUAAAUGUGCGAUUUAUUUAUAAUCUUAUUUUUGUUCACGAAUCAAAAAUAA